AUAGUAGUAAGUCAUCUUCAGUCGGUCCCGGAUUGUCGGCCGUCUUCGCGAACUGAACUGCACUAAGCAGCUACCUUUCGAAUAUUUGACAAAGUGAAAACUGAAACAAAAAUAAAUAAGAUAGAAAAAAAAACGCUUGAAACGUGAUAGUUAUUGCUCCAAGAAAAGUGAGUGUCCGAUCUCAGGAGGAAUUUUCCCGGACGUCAAUUCCCCGAAUGAGAUUUUACUAGAACAUUCGUUCGUGCGAGUUGCAGUUCUACUUUAUUUUUCUCAAAAUUUGGCGAGCAAUUUUCUCGUUGGCAACGAAAUGAUGGUGAUGCAUUUUAUAUAACUUCAAAGCAUUUCGGGGACUGAGAUCAUCUAGAAAAUUUGCGAAAGAUAGUGCGAGCCAUUUUUUUUCCCUCGAACCGAAAGACUUCUCCGACAGUACAAAUUGGAUCUAUCCAAAUGUGAAACAUUGGUAAAAAGCUGUGAUUCUGGACAUUUUGUGAGCUGCUCGAAUUUGCAUAAUUGCAUUGGGAUAUAGCGAUACGAUAAAAAUAUAGUUCCCGACUGAAGUGAGUUGCAGGGUCGAGUGAAAUUCACUUUGCCUCGGACUGCUUCCCUGGUGCUGUGGUGUAACAAAGAAGUAUUUUUGCCACGCUCUGGUUUCUGUCCAACGACUGAUCAAAGUAGAUUUAAGCCGGACUGAAAGAAAGUGGAAAUAACACGCUAAAAAGCAAGGAUUUUCUGUGCUGUGCUGAGUUUUCGAACCGUGAAUACAGAGGAAACCGUCGACAAAAAAGAAUGAAAAAUGGAGCAAUUUGAGCAACUUUUAACGUGUUGCGUGUGUCUGGAUAGAUACCGCAACCCGAAACUUUUACCAUGUCAGCACUCGUUCUGUAUGGAGCCGUGCAUGGACGGCCUCAUCGACUACGUGAAGCGGCAGGUGAAAUGUCCGGAGUGCCGAGCCGAGCACCGGAUCCCCUAUCAGGGGGUCCAGGGCUUUCCGACCAAUGUGACGCUGCAACGGUUCCUGGAGCUGCACAUCGAGAUCACCGGCGAGCUGCCGGAUCCGACGUCUGGCCAAGUGAUGGAACGCUGCAACGUCUGCUCGGAGAAGGCAUACUGUGCCCUUUGCAUGCACUGUGACAAGAAGAUCUGUCCGGACUGCAAGGGCGCCCACAUGGACAUCCUGCGGCGUGAGAUCAACCGUAUCAACAAUCAGAUCCGCCGUGGACUUCACCGGCUAAAAGAAGUGCUAGCCGUAGUCGAGAAGAACGCCCAAAACCUACAAAACAACUGCGGCAGUGUGUCGGAGGAGAUCGACGAGAUCUACCGUCGGCUGCAGAAGGCACUGAAAGACCGCACCGAUCAUCUGCGAAACGAAAUGGACAAAUAUCUAUCGGUGGAACUGAAGAAUGUGAUUACGAUGAAGGACAAUCUGGAGCUUGAGAUUGCGAACAUUCAGAGCAACUCUGAUCUCGCUGAGAAGUUCAUGAACGAGGGCUCGGUUGAGUGGGAUGACUGUGAACUGAUGGACACGAAGGAAAUUUUCCUGCGAACGGUUGAUUUUAUAAGAAAUUUUGACUGCGAAACCAUGGACUACAGUCGGAAGGUUCGUUUCAUUAUGAACAUCGAUCCUGGAAAGCUGGUCAUGGAAGUGUCAACGUAUGGUGAUUUGAAGCUACCGUCGGAUCCCUCGGGAAUGAGUCAAAGUCAAAGCAGCUUACUGCAGCCACCAUCUGGACCAGGAUUGAUGCGAUCGAAGAGUGAUCAUCGGCUGGUGGCACAACUCCGACAACAGGAAGCUCAAGGCUGGAACCCAGACGAGGAACCUCUUCUAGGAGGACGUAAGUUUGGAGAACGACCUGUGAAACCACAACCAGAGAAGGAAAAAUACGGCAACGAGUCUCGGUAUGGUCGUGGAAACGAUUAUGACUACGACGAUGAGCCUUCUAGCAGGUCAACGAAGGGACGAUUCCGAUCACGAUUUGCCCGCAGCCAUCAAUUGGAUAACGACUCCGACAACGAAUCCAAACAGGUGCGUUUCAACGAAGAAGAUAAGAAAUCCAACAAAAUUACUAGCACCGAAGAUGUUGCCAAGGGUCCAUUGAGCGGAAUAUUCCGAUUAAUGGAUUCUCCACGGGUAAUGAAACGUCUUCAGGAUACGGAGAAGGGAAAGAACAAGAAAGCUUCCCCAGUGUCUACCCCAACGUUGCCGAAGCCCUCGCCAUUAGCUCAGGUCAAACCGAAAGUAACCACCGCCAGGCAACUCUCAGAAGAUGACGAAAUAGCCAAAAUCAAGCGUCAAAACAAGGGAGCAUCUACGAGUACUACGACAACGACUCCGACUCCAACUUCACCAGUUGUAACGGAACCGGAAAGACCUACAGCGGAUCGUGUUACCGCACUCAAAGGUCGUUCAGCAGCUGCACCAGUGACGACCAGCGAUGAUAGUGAUAGUGCUGCAUCGUCUCCCGUACGGCGGUCUUCUCCGCAAGUUGAGGCUGACAGUGACCAGGAUGAUUCGGAACGCUCGAGCCGUUCUCGUCAAACAGCAUCGGCCAAAGCCGGAGCUCCGCAAAAGAAACCAACCCGUUCGGCCAGCAGCGAAUCGAACUCGUCAAGUGAAUCCUCUAGCGCUUCACCUGUGCCGACACCUGCUCGCACCGAAGAACCGAAACGAUCGAUUCUGAAAAACUCUGAACCCACCACUCGCAGCUCACCUGCCUCGACGACUCCUAGCGCACCUUCUCCGACGGAGAAAAAACCGUUCCAGAGUCGAUUCCUGCCGCAAACUCAACCACAGCAACAAGCAGCCGACAAGAAGCAAGAAUCUGAAAGCAGCAGCGAGGAAGAAACAUCCUCGGAAGAGGAAUCCGACGAGGAAGAAGAGGAGGAGGAAGAAAAGCCAGCACCCAAACCUACCUCAACGACAACGCCUUCAAGUGUCGUCAGUUCUUCUUCUGCUCGCUCUGAGCAAACCAGUUCUCCUCUGCUCAGCCGAGUCCAAGCUCGUGAAGCGGCCGCUGCAGACGCGCGUAAGACCUCCCGCGAAGAAACACGCUCCAGUGGCUAUUCGAGCCCCACGAGCUAUCGCAGCCCCUAUGAACGGGACGAAAGCCCCAAGUACGGAACUUCGUCGGCCCUUCGCUCCCGAACCACGGCCCAUGUGGAGCCGGAAGAGAACAAAUACGGCAGCUCGUCCGGAUAUACCAGCCGUUUCCUGAACAAGAGCAAAAGUACGGCCGUGGUGGCGCCGGAAGAUGACGCCACCGGAGAUGAUUCGGACAGCCGAUUGGGAAGCAGCCGCAAUCGGUUUACCAGUGGUUUGCAGGAUCGUCGCAACCGGUUGGCCCGAAGCCGGUCCUCGCACAACUUCGGCAACGAUGACGAAGACGAUGAGCCGGUUUCGCCGACCACUUCUUCGCCGUCGGCCUAUCUGGCUUCCAGAUACGGUGCCUCAUCAUCGCUCUCCUCGCAACCGGCGGAUCUCUCCCGCAGUCGUUCGACGCACGCUCUCAAAUCUCGGGAGCCUUCGCCGGAUCGCAGCACCGGAAGCGACAAGGACGGAGCCGCCCUUAGUUCCUGGGCCCGGUACCUCAAGAACAAAUACGGCAACCGGACCACCAAGGACGGCAAGGAAACACCCGGAUCGUCCUCGCUGGGGGCCACCUCAUCAUCCAGCCUUUCGUCUCCAUCAUCCGCUUCAGCAUCAUCAUCUUCGGCUUCUUCGUCGGCUGCCGCAGCCCGUCGUCUAAGCCUCGGUCUCCCGUUGCGCCAGACCGAUAUCCUCAGCUCCGAUGAUGAUUCAAAAAACGGGGUAGGCUCCCCUACCUCUCCUACGGCAGCAGUAGUCGGUAUACCCGGGGCAGCAGGUAUGUCCCCUAGGACGCAGUACCUGCAGAAGCGACGACAACUGUUCCAGAUAGGAGGUCGGGGGAGCGAACCAGGUUCCUUCACGUGGCCACGCGGCAUUGCCGUGGGCCCGGACAAUAGUAUCGUAGUGGCGGACUCUUCGAACCAUCGGGUGCAGGUCUUCGAUUCUAAUGGGAUCUUCGCCCGGGAGUUCGGUCAAUAUGGCAACGGUGACGGAGAGUUCGACUGUUUGGCGGGGGUGGCCGUCAACCGGAUCGGUCAGUUUAUCAUUGCCGAUCGCUACAACCACCGCAUCCAGGUGCUGGAUCCGUCCGGACGUUUUCUGCGUUCGUUCGGCACCCAGGGCACCGCCGAUGGCAAAUUCAACUACCCAUGGGGCAUCACCACCGAUGCGCUCGGUUUCAUCUACGUUUGUGAUAAGGAAAAUCAUAGAAUUCAGGUAUUCCAAUCGGACGGCACCUUCAUCGGCAAAUUCGGUUCCUGCGGCAGAGACGAGGGCCAGCUGGAACAUCCGCACUAUAUUGCCGUGUCCAACACAAAUCGUGUCAUCGUUUCCGACUCCAACAACCAUCGCAUUCAGAUAUUUGAUGUUAACGGUCGAGUUUUAUCAACUUUUGGUGGCGAAGGCUCAGAUGAAGGUCAAUUCAAAUUCCCAAGGGGUGUUGCGGUUGACGAUCAGGGCUACAUUUGUGUAGCCGAUUCCGGCAACAACCGGAUCCAGAUCUUCCAUCCGGACGGGAGCUUCCUGCGGGCCUUCGGCUCCUGGGGUUCCGGCGAUGCCGAGUUUAAGGGUCUCGAGGGAGUGGCCAUCAUGUCCAAUGGGAACAUUUUGGUGUGCGACCGGGAGAACCACCGGGUGCAAGUAUUCUAAGUGCUCACUCAUUCGAAGAACGAAAUCUCCAGCCGGCUAAACAGCAAAGCCACACUUUUCGAGAAGUCAACCAAAGCGAGAAACACAACUUUGCGGCCAGAUGCUAGUUUGUCAAAAAACCAACCGAAAGAAGAAAACAAAACCAUCAAAAGUAAAGUAAUGUUUAUCUAGGCAAAAGUCAUUCAAAAUAAGGAGACAGAGAAAAAGUAGCAACAUAAAAGCCAAAAAUAUGCCAAAACUAGUAUCUUCACCCAAGCCCUUGUUUUGUUUUCAUUAAAACCAAUUGGUCAACUUUUUUCCCAUUACGAGCAUCGUGUUAUUUUUUUCUAAUCUUUGUACCAUAAACUGAACGUUUGUUUUUUCCGAAUUUCCAAGUAUCAUUUCAAACCAAAAUUGCUUCAGUUUCUGUUUCAGCCAAGUUUGAAGGGAAAAUUAUAAGGUAACCUUUUACUAUUAUUGUUGAACGUUAGUUGAAUAACUAAGAAAUCAGUUUAAAAUUCUGAAAAAAAAGUAAGUAGAGAAUUAAGUGGAACUAAUACCGAACUUUAGAGGUCGAGUAAGUCGAGCGGCAAUUCUGUGUAGUGCAGAAAUUGUCAUUCAGAAAAUAAUACCAAAAAAACAACUUGUGCCACAAAAAGUUUCGAUCCAACUACUAUUAUUGUGUUAUGAAUAAAAUUUUGAGUUUAUAGUGUUUGAACAACUAA